ACUGCUACGGCAACGGACUAUAAAACAUGUUGGACCGAGCCGACUGUGAAACGUAACAUCCGGUUGAGCUGCGUUCGUAUCAGCAGUCAUGGCAGCGUAUUCUGAAAUGGGUGUUAUGCCUGAAAUCGCACAGGCUGUGGAAGAACUGGAGUGGCUGUUGCCAACUGACAUACAGGCAGAGUCGAUUCCCCUUAUUCUUGGUGGAGGAGAUGUACUUAUGGCAGCAGAAACUGGCAGUGGUAAAACUGGAGCCUUCAGUAUCCCUGUCAUCCAGAUAGUGUAUGAAACUCUAAAAGAUCAGCAAGAAGGAAAGAAAGGAAGAGCAGCUGUCAAGACUGGAGGAGCAAUUUUUAACAACUGGCAGAUGAAUCCUUAUGACCGCAGUCCAGCGUUUGCGAUCGGUCCAGAUGGACUGUGCUGCCAGAGCAGGGAGUUCAAAGAGUGGCACGGCUGUCGCUCUACCAAAGGUGUCACCAAAGGCAAGUACUACUAUGAGGUGACCUGCCAUGACCAGGGUCUGUGUCGAGUAGGCUGGUCCACCAAUCAGGCAGCAUUGGACCUUGGAACUGAUAAAUAUGGUUUUGGUUUUGGAGGAACUGGAAAAAAGUCAAACAACAAACAGUUUGACAGCUAUGGAGAGGAGUUUACCAUGCAUGAUACAAUUGGAUGCUACCUCGAUUUAGACAAAGCCCAGAUAUCGUUCUCCAAAAAUGGCACCGAACUGGGUGUGGCAUUUGAGAUUCCGCAGAAUCUGAUGAACCAGGCCUUCUUUGCUUCUUGUGUCCUAAAGAAUGCAGAGCUGAAGUUCAAUCUUGGUGGAGAAGACUUUAAAAACCCCCCAAAGGGUGGAUUUGUUGCCCUGAAUCAGGCACCAGAGGGUCACACUGUGAAAUCCUCACAGACAGGCAGCGCCAAAGUCAGCCAGGUGAAAACAUCGUCCAACUCCCCCAAAGCUCUGAUCAUCGAGCCGUCUAAAGAGUUGGCUGAGCAGACCCUGAACAAUGUGAAACAGUUUAAGAAAUAUGUGGAAAACCCUAAGCUGAGGGAACUGCUGGUGAUCGGUGGCGUGGCUGCCAAAGACCAGCUGUCUGCUCUGGAACAAGGGGUCGACAUUGUGGUAGGAACUCCUGGGAGACUGGAUGACCUCAUAUCAACAGGGAAACUCAGUCUGUCCCAAGUUCGCUUUCUGGUCCUGGAUGAGUGUGAUGGCCUCCUGUCAGCAGGAUAUACAGACUUCAUCAACAGAAUCCACAACCAAAUCCCACAGGUGACCUCUGAUGGCAAGAGGCUGCAGGUGAUCGUCUGCUCAGCCACUCUUCACUCUUUUGAUGUCAAGAAGUUGUCUGAGCGCAUUAUGCAUUUUCCCACCUGGGUGGACCUGAAGGGGGAGGACUCCGUCCCUGAGACCGUCCACCAUGUGGUGGUGCCCGUCAAUCCUAAGAGUGAUCGUCUCUGGGAGCGUCUGGGCAAAAACCACAUCAGGACUGAUGAAGUCCACGCCAAAGACAACACCAGACCAGGAGCCAAUUCUUCAGAAAUGUGGUCUGAAGCCAUAAAGAUACUGAAAGGCGAGUACACAGUGAGGGCCAUCAAAGAGCACAAAAUGGACCAGGCUAUCAUCUUCUGCCGCACCAAGAUCGACUGCGACAACAUGGAGCAAUACUUCAUCCAGCAGGGAGGAGGCCCCGACAGUAAAGGCAACCAGUUGUCUUGUGUUUGUCUCCACGGUGAUCGCAAACCACAUGAGCGUAAAAAUAACCUGGAUCGUUUUAAGAGAAAAGAGGUGAGGCUCCUGAUCUGCACUGACGUAGCGGCCAGAGGAAUUGACAUCAGUGGAGUCCCUUAUGUGAUUAACGUGACUCUGCCAGAUGAGAAGCAGAACUACGUUCAUCGCAUUGGCAGAGUUGGAAGAGCUGAAAGAAUGGGUUUGGCCAUCUCCUUGGUUGCUAUGGAGAAAGAAAAGGUGUGGUACCAUGUUUGUCCAAACCGAGGCAGAGGUUGUUACAACACCCGACUGAAGGAGGAUGGAGGUUGCACCAUAUGGUACAAUGAGAAAGAGCUCCUGUCUGACAUCGAGGAGCACCUGAAGUGCACUAUCACCCAGUGUGAGUCGGACAUUAAAGUACCUCUGGAUGAGUUUGAUGGAAAGGUCACCUAUGGUCAGCGCAGGGCUUUGGGAGGUGGAAACUACAAGGGUCAUGUGGAUGUCCUGGCUCCAACCGUCCAGGAGCUUUCUUGCCUGGAGACCGAAGCCCAGACUUCCUUCCUCCACCUUGGAUAUUUGCCAAACCAGCUUUUCAGAGCCUUCUGAAUCUCCCCCACCAAGGUUUCCCUACUGACACGACAAUGAGGCUGCAGAUACAGAACAGAGAUUGUGUCACAUUAUACGACUACAGGAUAUUGUGUGCAAAUAGGAAGUAAUCAGUUAUGUCUUAAGAUUUGUUUCUACACAGUCUUGUUUAAAACCAGUAACAACAAGAAAAUGUGUAUGUAGGGGUUUUGACAUGACAACAUUACACUUCAUAUUACAGCCUGUGUCUGAUCCAUGUCAAAGGUGUUUCCUGCACUUCAAACUUAAAUUGUUUUUUUGUGAUUUGUGCUUUGAUUAAUACAAAUUUAUAACAUAUUUAAGUUUCCUUUUAAGAAAAGAAAAAUGAGAAUUGGUGAAAUUCAGUGGCUUGAUGAUGAAGUUUCUUUUCAGAAAUAAACUUUUGCAGCAGACA